AAAGACAGCUUGGCCCCCGCUUCGGCCGAUUCUUUUCUUUUUCAAUUUUGAGAAGUCAAACGUGCUUGUUCUCUCAGAGCUAAGGCCUUUUGGCGACUUGCACGUCUUAUAAUAAAAAUGGCAUCAAAGGCUGAAUUAGCUUGCGUUUACUCCGCUCUCAUCCUUGUUGAUGAUGAUGUCGCAGUCACUGGUGAGAAAAUCUCGACCAUCCUAAAGGCGGCUGCCGUUGACGUCGAGCCAUACUGGCCCGGUUUGUUCGCCAAAGCCCUGGAGGGUGUGAACGUGAGGGAGCUGAUUACUAACAUCGGAUCCGGCGUGGGUGCUGCGCCUGCGGCCGGAGCAGCGCCUGCCGCGGCCGCUGCUGCACCUGCUGCUGAAGCGGCUAAGGAAGAAAAGAAAGAAGAAGAACCUGAAGAGUCUGAUGAUGACAUGGGUUUCGGUCUCUUCGACUAAAAAGCUUUGUGAUGAAGCUGCGAUUCCAUUGUAAGCUUUAUGAAGCUUGUUUAAUUUUAAGGAUAUGACUUUAAUAUAAAAGUUAUAAAACCCUAAA